CAAACCAGCUGCACCCUUUUCUUGGCACAGAAACUUGGAGUAAGUGCGAAGGCACUGUAUACUUACUUGACUGGACAAGCUCAGCCAUAUGGUUUUUCAAAAUGUCAAGCUCUUAAAAAGAAAGCAAAAUGCUGAUUUACAUGAAGACCGCUUGCACUGACUGUGCAUUUAAUAUCAACUGCAGCCACCUUUUACCAGCAGCACUGAGAGAAAAUGAUGAAAAGAGCAAUCUUAGACAAAGCUGGCCCAGCAGCGUCUGAGAAGCCAACACUUUGCCUGUUUCUUUUGGAAUUUGUCUCACUGACAACAUGACGGAAAAUCGCAUUUCUCGUUGGUAUUUUGGUGGACUAUCUUCCAGUGCAGCUGCCUGCUUAACACACCCACUGGAUUUAAUCAAGGUGCACUUACAAACACAGCAGGAGGUGAGGGUGAGGAUGAUCGGGAUGACCGUUAACGUAGUGAGGAGAGAAGGUUAUCUGGCUCUCUACAGUGGCCUCAGUGCUUCUCUCUGCCGGCAGAUGACUUAUUCUUUGUCAAGGUUUGGCAUUUAUGAGACUGUCAGAGACAAGGUGAACAGAAAAAAUAAAGGUCUCAUGCCGUUUUACCAGAAAGUUCUGCUGGGGGCCUUUGGAGGGUUUGCAGGUGGUUUCAUUGGGACCCCAGCUGAUCUGGUGAAUGUCAGAAUGCAGAAUGAUGUGAAGUUGCCGGUCAAGCUCAGAAGAAAUUAUGCUCAUGUGUUUGAUGGGCUGUUACGUGUCUGGAAGGAGGAGGGGAUAAGGAAACUGUUCUCCGGUGCUACAAUGGCUUCUACUAGAGGCGCACUUGUCUCUGUUGGACAGCUGUCCUGUUAUGACCAGUCUAAACAGCUGGUUCUGGCUACUGGUUACCUUACUGACAACAUCCUCACUCACUUCCUGGCCAGUGUGAUUGCAGGUGGCUGUGCGACGAUCCUGUGCCAACCGCUCGAUGUUGUUAAAACAAGAUUAAUGAACUCAAAAGUGGAAUAUAGGAGUGUGUUUCACUGUUUAACGGAAACAGCAAAGCUGGGCCCGAAGGCAUUCUACAAGGGUCUUGUUCCUGCAGCUAUCCGCCUCAUCCCUCACACAGUCUUCACCUUCAUGUUCCUCGAGCAGCUGAAGCAACAUUUUGGCGAGGUGGUCGUCACCUGAGAGAGGAAAGCCGUCCUUCAAGGUAGCUGAGGCUAGACAUCGCACUUUCAUUGAUCUUGAUCAGCUUAAUCAUGAUGGUAAUCUAACAAACCAAGCUUGGGAGUGAACAGACAUACCCCCAUAUGUCUAAGGAAAUCAUUUUUUAUGCUUCAUUUUCUUCAUUUGUCACAAAAAAAUGACUCAUGCAUAAAUGUCUAAAGCUUCAAAUAAGGCAUCCGAAGGAAAUAAACUGUGAUACAUGUUUUUUUUUCUCAUGUCUAUCACAACAUUACAAACAAGGAUGACAUCAAUUAUUCAUUUUCACCCUUGUGGAGCUUUACCUGUCAUGAGCUAACCGAACAACUAUAUAUAUGACCUAAGGAUUAUACAAGAAUGCAAAUAAACUUCACUAACUACUGCUCUUUUACAAGAAGAAAUAUGUUUUAAAUGAAUUUGUCACAAAUCAUGCCUGAACCGGGCUGUUGGACUUCCUAAUAAAAGGCCUCCGCUGCCCUCUGGGGGACAGUGUUCGACUGAAAAAUAGUGAGCUAAUGCUUAUAUGUAAUGUGUGUUUGUAAUGAUGCAGAAUUUGUAUGUUUUUCUGUUGUUAAACUGAUGUGUGGAGAAAGCCA